GCUUCGUUUCACUUUCAUUUCAGUUUGAUCGCUUGUUUUGAAAACUACAGUGUAGUUUUUCUUCUCAAAGUGGUGGAAAUCGGUCGGGAGCUGUAGACAAGGCCAGUUAUUCUUUGUCUCUUCCUUCCUAAAUAACUGUCACUUUCAUGCAGUGAAUGAAGAUUCAUAUUCACUGUCUUAAACCCCCAUUUCCCCCUUCAUCAUUCUCUAUGUCGGAUAAGAAAUCAAAUGACUCCAAGAGUAAUGGCUGGAAUGAUUGGGCCAACAAGAAAAAUGAUUGGAAUAUCUCAAACAGCAAACGCCCUAAACUAGAUAUUCACAAAAACCACUUAAGCCAAACAUCAUCUAAUUCCAAGAACACCCUGCAAGCUGGUACUUCCACUGGCCCUGGUCGAUCUGGUAGCUUCCGCAGGACAAAUUCACUGCCUACUUCCUCUAGCACGUCCCCUCAGAAAGAUGUGCCAGUCAACCAGGAGGAAUUUGAUGCUAUGGAAGCAAUAGCUAUGGCAGAAGCAGCAGCUGCCAUUGAGUUAGAAAUGGCAAAAAAAGAUCAGCGUAACCUGCCGUCAACAUCCUCAAAGAAUCCCUUGGACAAGGUUGAUUUUAAGAAAAAUGGCAGCAGUGGGUUUGAAAUAUUAUUUUGUGAAGAGAUUGCUGAAGAAGACGUUGAGGAAUGUAUGCUACUUGCAUCUCAAGAAAUUCAAGCAAGUCAGAAUGCGCCUCCUGUUGCCGAUUCCUCAUUCUCUCAAGCCUAUAAUAUAUUUUCCAAAGGCAUUGAUACACAUUCAUCAAUAUUAGAACCUGGCUUUAAAAAACCUCAACCUCCCAACAAAAUAACUCAAAAUAAUGCUGCUCAUUCAAGUUUGAAGACCGCAAAUGUCAGACCAACUGCCCCCCCUCGUCCUGUAACUAAUCGAAACACAUUUGCCCCGCCUGUACCCAAAUUUAAUAAUGUCGCUGCUCAAGCUAGGAAUCCAAUUACUAGUUUUCCAAAAUUGUCAACAACCAGCAAUCCUCAAGCAGAAGCUGAAGUGAGGCGGUUAGAGAAGGAAAGAGAAAAAGAUCAAGAAGCAUUAAAAAGAUUGCAGGAGCUUGUCCGAGACAAAGAGGGAGAGGCAUCCAUCCUUAGAUGCCAACUAAAAACAGUAUUGGUUGAGAAGGAUCGAGAAAAGUCAAGAAGUAAGCGGAGUGCACAAACAAGUGAAAAGCAGUUCCAAGACCAGUUGAAUGAGCUGAUAAAGAAAAAUGAAUCUUUGGAGAUGAAGUUAAGGUUUGAGGAAGCUGAAAAAAAAACUGCGUUGGAACGAGUUAAACUCUUGACAAACAACAGUGAGCGUUUGAGAGUAGUUGAACCCAGAAGUCCAAGAACAACUUCAUCUCAAUUUCAAGCUGCUCACUCUUCUAAGACUCCUAACCGACAGAAGCACACAAGUGCAUUUAUGAACAGAUCUACCUUUGAGGAACAUUUGCAUUCUCAAGCACCCUCCACUAAACGGCCCAGAUUAAAUGACGAUGAAGAAAUGCUGGAUUCAGAUUGUAUGCAAGGAAUAGAGCCAAUUCCAAUUCCUAAAGAAGUGCGACCUGAAAUGAAAAGUGUUGGGGAACAAACAUCAUUUAAUGAUGAUGGAGGAACCCUAGCUCAAAUAAUUACUCCACUAACCAUGCAGCAGAUUUUGUCCGAAAGAUUAAGUGGAAUCCAUCUUUCUACAGAAGCUUCUAAAUCAGAACUUUGGAAACAUGAAGAUUCCUGUAUAGAUGAGACUGAAACUAUACCGACUUUAAGGCGUCUUAAAGAAGAGUCAAGGUCUCGAAAGAGGCGUGUGGCAUUAGAUGGCCCUCAUAGACCAAGCUUUCUUAAUUGUGCCCCAAGUUUACAACAUUUAAUGAGCUGGAAUGAUCCAGUAGUAGAUUGCCUACCUACCAGAGCAUCUAUUUGUGAGAUAGUUGAAGAAUUUUCUGGAAUCUUACAUUAUAAUCUCUUGUUACUGCAAGAUAUUAGUCGCCCAUCAGACAAGGAACUUAGGGAUAGAGAUCAAGAAAUUGUAAGUCGUGGUAUAGAGGUUGUACCAUUGAAAAAUUUUGAUCUUCUCGAUGAAAGGCAAUGGUACAAGGAGGAACACGGUGUUGAACUUCGGAGAUCCCUUGGGAUAGCAUGUGAAAUAGCAUCAGUGUCUAAAUUUGCUGCCUCUCUUGUAACAGGAAAUAUAGAUCCAAGUGAAGUUUCCCUGAAGAGGCACAAGUUUACUGAGUUACCAGAGUAUGCUUUCCUGAGACAAAGCGCCACAAGUGAAGAAGGGGAUAGUUUCUACAUUUUAAGAGUAAUCUGUGAUAUUUGUACUGUUAUAGAAAAACAGAAACUUACGAUUGCUUUCAACGGGGUGCUUGCUGGUAUUUUGACUCUUCUUAAAAAUUGUGCAGAGCACAAAGUAGUGGAAGGAAGGAGUCAAAGCUACUUCCUUGAUGUAAUACGUCGGGUAUUGAUUGCUAGACCAUCAAGCACAGUUCUGCUUUUAUUGAUGGAUCUUCUGAUUUCUGUUAGCAAUUGUGAAGGCAUCAUCAAAGGUUUAUGCAUCAAAUGUGGUGAAGAUGACAAUGUUUUUGAAUCAUUGGAAGGAUUAUGUACUUUUUCACAAGACACGUGUCCCCUUCAAAUGCUCUUCAUACAACUGCGACUGGUCUCUGAGGCAAACCGUUGGCGCCUUGUCGACAGUGUCUCCAGAUGGGUUCAUAAUGUGAUUGCAGCUGGUCCUGCUGCACCAUCUUGGAUUUUAUCUGUUCCUGGCAGUAGUGAAGUUUCGCACAUAGAGUGUUGUGCGCGCUUCACAUCUACUCUCAUUAUGCUGUUAUUUGAUGUGUUUGAAAUGCUUCAAAACAUUGUUGAAGAAAGAGAAUUACCUUCCUCUUCGAUUUCUUCAUCAACGAAAGAUGAGGUGUUGAUUCGCAUUAUGAGAAGAAGUAUUGUGAUACUGCUCAAACUUGUGGAGAAUAAUAUGUUUAGAUUCAUGGGCCGUGUUGAAGGGCUUUAUGAGAUCCUUGUACAAGGCAUUGGACGCUUGAAAAAGUAUCUCCAUCUCUCUCCAUUGAUGGAGAGAUACUUGGAAGACCUCCUACGAUCAGAGGAAGACAUCACAUCUGAAUCAAUGACAUCUGAAGAUCCCUUCUGUGCCUCAUAUUUAAAUAAUGUUACUAAUAUUCUUAAACUAUCAUGAUCGCCUAUGUACCAUGCCCAUAAAUCAUUCUAGUCAAAAUACCUUUCUGGCAUCUUAGUGACAAUAAAUUAUUAUAUUAGGUGACAGUUA